GCAUGGCUUGCACCUGCCGGGCUGGCGCCCUGGUGCCCCGCGCCACCCAGCCUACCCCUAGAGCCGGGCCUGACAGUGAAGGCACCUGCCUGAUAUCAACAGGCAGGGAGUUAAAAAGUGUCAGUGCUGCCACCCUAAACAAUCAAGUUCUUACAGAUGUGGUUGAAUUAGAAGUUGUAAAUGAUAGGAUACCUGAAUGCAGCAUCUGAAGUCUUCUCAGUAGUCCUAAACCUUGUUUCAGGAAGCUUUUAGGUUUUUUGUAUGCUUGUUGGAAGCUGCCCAGAAUGGCUGGGGUAUAAGAAAGAAAAAUUAUUGUUGUUGUUACUAGAGCCAGUGUGGUGUAGUGAUUAAGAGCGGUAGACUCGUAAUCUGGGGAACCGGGUUCGUGUCUCCACUCCUCCACAUGCAGCUGCUGGGUGACCUUGGGCUAGUCACACUUCUCUGAAGUCUCUCAGCCCCACCCACCUCUCAUGGUGUCUGUUGUGGGGGAGGAGAGGAAAGGAGAUUGUUAGCCGCUUUGAGACUCCUUCGGGUAGUGAUAAAGCGGGAUAUCAAAUCCAAACUACUCCUUCUUCUUCUUCUAUUAUUAGUGUAGAGUGAGCUAAAUGUGUCAGCAUUUGGUGGUGGGUGAUGCUAAUAGGGUAGCAGCUCUAUUUCUGGGACUUAAUUUAUAUGGGAAAAUGUAUAUUUUACAGAUAAAAUCUGAUAGACACAGAAAUGGGAUGAUGAUUUUCUGAACAGUAAAGAGUCCCACUUUACUAGUAAAAGUUAAAUAAUUGCAUACUUUUUAUAAUAUGAUAGUAAUGUUAAAAAUGUUUCCAAUCUAGAUGUAAAGUGUUAACCUGUGUCAAUUGUUCAUUGGGUAUAUUAUUUUUAUUUUUAAUUCCAAAAACUGUGCUUGAUUAAUCUGACUUUGAUCGGCCUGUUUCUUUCUAUGAAGUUCAGCAAGCGGCAGUGGUGUUAUCGGUUUUUCAAAUGGAUUGUGCUGCUGGCAUUUUCUGACCUAAUUAAAAAGACAGAGCUGUGGAUGAAACCAUAACGCCAUGUACAUUGUGAGCAGAUAGUGUUCUAGUUCCAGCAGAACUAGAUAUUCCUUUCAUCAGAUUCAAACAUUGAUAGCACAGUCUGCUUGCUAUAGGAACUGGCAGCUAGGUGAUUACAGAAUAUGAAAUUCUAGUUUUGACCUUGAAAAGGAAUUCUUGCUCUGGUAGGGAUCACCUUCUAUCACUCUAAAGAGCAAGGCUUAGUUUAUGCCAGGAAGGGUACAGUCUGUUUUGAGUGUUGGUAUGUAGCCCCAGGAGCAGACUGAUAAGUCAUAGCAGAGCACAAUCAAAAUAAACAUUGCGCAAAACAGAGGGACUGUGCAAAUAGCUUCCAUACUUUGGAGAGGAAUACACUCCAUUUCCUCAAGCUUGAGGCCCAGCAAAUGUCUUUCCUUUUUAGUGGCUUAGAUUUCAUGAAGCUUUGAUGCAUUAGAGGAGGGGAAAGUGUUUCUGAUUUCUGUACAGGGGUUGGGGGCCCCCAUACAGUCCUUGGAACUUACCCCAGACUAAGACCUUCCAUAGCCCUGAUCUGUGCCCUCCUAAAGUGCUUUUGCCUGGCUGGCAUGUGUCUUUGAACUGUGACAAUGCUUUUUGCUUGCCUGGAUGAAUAAUGGAGAGGUGUGCGUGUAGAAACCUCUGACGUUUGUGUGGCUGGAAUGUAACCUACUGUACAAACAUAAAAGGAACACCUAUUGCUCCACCCACUUUUGGCUCUGGCCCUGCCCACCACCGUCAUGCAACCUCUGAAUGAUUGCACAUCAGGCAGUGUAGUCAUUGGACUAAAAAAAGAGGCUCUUACCACCUAUUAAACACUCUGGAACUUAGGAGCUGCCUUAUACUGAGUCAGACGAUUUGAUCCACUUAGCUUGGUAUUGCCUGUGCUGAUGACAGUGGCUCUCCAAUGUUUCAGGAAGAAGCUUUUUCCAUCCCUGCCUUGAGAUGCCAUGGAUUGAACCUGGUUCCUUUUGCAUGCAAAGGUCUGCAUCUCUAGCUCCUCUGAGCAGCAUCAACCUUCAGGAACAUUUCUUGAGGUGUUUCAUAGAUAGCAUUUUGGAUCCAAGCCAGACCUUAUUUUCUGCUACUAGUACAGCAGAAACAUAAGGAAUUGAAAAUAUUGGGGUAGGAUGAAGCAUCUCCACCAUGAAUCUUUGAGGAUAGUCAUGUGCUCUGUGUCUUUGAGGGUAGAUUCAUCUUUUCAGAAGUAUGGGCUGGCAUUUUGGUGCCUAUGGCUUUGUGUGGACAUGCAUGGAUUCCCCAUUAAACUGUCAUCUGAAAGUAUCCUUAAACUGCUUCCUUUUCCUUAGCGUAAGUUCACAAGGAAAAUGUUUGACAAAUCCUUCCUCUUAAAGGCUGUGUGAGUAGCCAUUAUUUUCUUCCCUGUUCCUGAAUUGAUAUAUAAGGAAGGAUGAUUCACAUUGUCUCUGGUACUGUCUGUUCUACUACAGUUCUGGAGAACUGUGACACAUUGUUUGUGCAAGCACAUGCAUCUAGUGUGCAGGUCAGGUGAGUUCCCCCACAUGGUAUGCACUGUAGAAGGGUAUUAUUUCAGUUUUUGUAGCUGCACUUUAUCAGGAGGGGUGCGGUAACUUGGUUUGCUGAUAUGAAAUUGUUCCUCUCGGAAUGGUCACAUCUUGUCAUACUGUACAUUAAUACCAACAAAGCUGCAGGGGAAAAUGCAACCUGAAAGCUCUGAAUGAGGGACUAAGAGUUAUCUCAGAUUCACACUUUUUGUGGCACAGGUGUUUGCUGCAUAUUCAACAGUGUCUGGGAAGGCAAAUGUUACAAAGUGUGAAGUGGGAUUACUGGUAUGUAUUUACAAACCACAUGGGCGUGUGCCAUGGAAUGCGUUUUUUGAACCCACUUCAUUGUUUUGUUGCUUGCUGCUCCAAACACUGACACCUGUUUGGCAAACAUCUUUGACAAAUAUAGUGUAAAUCAGACCUUAAUGGUUGUUUUUAGAAAAUAAAGGUAAUUAAAUGAGUCAACACUCAGAAGCUUAGCAGACCCUUCCUCAACCUUGGGUCCCCAGAUGUUGGUCCCCAGAUGUCUUCCCCAGCCAGCCUGGCCAGUGGUCAGAAAUGGUGGAUAUUGUAGUGCAACAACUCUGGGGAAAGCUGGGCUAAGAUGGGGCUAAGUUACUAGGCUUAGUGACUGCAUAAUAAUAUAUUCAGUGGCUGUAUUUUGAGCAGCCUUAGGAAUUUUGUCUAUGUGCAACAGAGGGGCAGGCAUAGUACCAUUUUUACAAAAGGUUUUUGUUCAUUGCUACCAAACUAGUGCCAUUUUAGGUGCUCUGUUGCAGAGCAAGAUUCCUCAGAUUUCAACGAAAAAGAAAUGUGUAUAAGUCAUCAGAAUGUUAAGCCCGGAGUGAAUUUAUGGAAUCUGUGGGAGUAUAUAUCUUUUGCAGAAGGUCUUGUGUUUAUUUUAAGUAUAUGUUUAAAAGCAGGAGGUGCAUUUUUCCAGUGGUGGGAGCAAAAAGGUUUUAUGUCUUACACAUGAUAGGCUCAGGUUUGUUGUGAAAGGUGAGUGAUGUCAUUUUGAGAUCUACUAAUAGCUAGUGUGAGUACAGCAGGAAGUUAGUUACCAGAGAGAGCUCUGAAAGGCUAACGUCUAGAAACAUUUGAUUCUCUUCUCACUGAGCAUGAUCUAACAAGAGAACUUCAUAUGGAUUAGCAGGAUUGCAAACUUUCCUGAACUUCACCUGCAAUUUUGUUUGAACUUUAGCUGUGAAUUAUAAUGAGUGAGAUUAAAAACAGGAGCUUCAGUGAUUAGAGCUUUCAAGAAAGAGCUGCUUGUUGGAGGGUUCUUCUAUAACAGAGUUCUCCGAUGUUGAGAGGCUAACUGUCCUUCUUAGGAGGCCUAAAAUAUUGGUUCUAAAAGUACAGUUCUGUGGCUGAAGAGGAAUCUGGCUUGUUCUCCUUCAACCAUCUUUUGCCAUGUGGAUGAAAAGGAAAUAGCCAAGAGUAAAACUACAGGUUGGAAACCCACGUGUUGAACUCACACUUUCCGAACUUCAGGAUAUGGCUGCCAGGCAACAGCAGCAGAUUGAAAAUCAGCAGCAAAUGCUGGUUGCCAAGGAACAACGUUUACGUUAUCUCAAGCAGCAAGAACGCCGUCAACAGCAGUCUGUGUCUGAGAGUGAAAAGCUUCAGAAACUUAAAGAUCGAGUGGAAACCCAGGAGACAAAGCUGAAAAAAAUCCGUGCCAUGAGAGGGCAGGUGGAUUACAGCAAGAUUAUGAACGGCAAUUUGUCCACUGAAAUUGAACAUAUCAGUGCCAUCUUCCAGGAAAAGCAACAAGAGUUACAAGCUGCAGUGUUAAAGGUGGACCAGCUUACUCAACAGCUAGAGGACCUGAGAAAAGGGAAGCUGAAUGGGUUCCAGUCUUACAAUGGACAGAUGACAGGGCCUGCCGCUGUAGAAUUAAAAAAAUUAUACCAAGAGCUACAGAUUCGUAACAGGCUUAAUCAGGAACAGAACACCAAGCUUCAACAGCAGAAAGAUCUUCUGAAUAAGCGUAACAUGGAGGUUGCCAUGAUGGACAAGCGUAUCAAUGAGCUACGUGAGCGCCUAUACAAGAAAAAAGUUGAGGCACGUCAAAAAGAAAACAUCCCUUUAAACCGGAUAAAUGGAACAUCCUCUCCUCAAUCGUCGUUGAACGCUUCGGGCAGAGUUGCAGCCGUGGGGCCAUACAUUCAAGUUCCUAGUUCCAGCAGCUAUGCUGUGCCAGUUGACCCAGUGAAACCACAGUCCCUCACUAUUACUACUAGUGCAACUCAUGGAAGAUCAAAAUCUGUAGAUACAGACUAUGGGUGUGUGAAAAAAUCUCCAGGUCCCUGGAAGAUUUCUGAUUUAGACAUUAUAGUGGAUCCUAUUCUGUCACCUCCCUCUCUUCAGUCUGCUGUUCACAAUAUCAUCCAUUCAGCUUCUACUCUUUCUGAGAUCCUGCACUCUAACGAGGGAACCUGGUCAGCAGUUAAGCAGAGUCCUGUUCCUGUGGUGAAGCCGCCACAAAUCUCCAAUGCAGACUGGAAGGAAUCAAGCAUGGAUGCUGGUUUAAAACAAGGAACGAUAUCAAGCCAGCCUUUGUCUUCUUCAUUAGGAAGUACUGAUAAGCUGGGUCUUGAUAUAGGGAAAGUACCACCUACCAUUCCUGGAGCAAGUAAGCAGUUGCCCCAGAACUAUGGGACCUACCCAAGCUCCAUUCCAUUGGGAACAGGUUCUACCAAUUCCCUCGAAAGGCGAAAAGAUGGCAGCCUCCCAAGACCUGGCUCUACAGCAGCAAGCCGGCAAAGACCUGUUCCGUUACCACCAGCAAGCAGCGUUCAUCAGCCAAGCUCCUCGCAACAAAUACAGCAGAGAAUAUCUGUGCCUCCAAGCCCCACAUAUCAACCUUCUGGCGCCCCAUUAUUUCCAGGUGGUGAUGGCAGGCCUGAUCUCCCCUUAACUGUGGCCAUCAGGCCUUUCUUAGCUGACAAAGGCUCAAGGCCCCAGUCUCCCAGGAAAGGACCCCAAACCGUGAACUCCAGUUCCAUCUAUUCCAUGUACCUUCAGCAAGCGAUGCCACCAAAGAACUAUCAACAGGCUGUAUACAAUACCCUGAACAAGUCCGUUAAAGCAGUUUAUGGGAAGCCUGUUGUACAGUCCGGUUCAACUUCCCCUUCGCCGUUGCCAUUCCUUCACAGCUCUUUGCCUGCCAAUCCAUCACAGCCUCAGCCUCCCAACGAGUAUAGUGAAAAAGAUCAAGAACUGGAAAACACCCCACCCUCUGGUGAUAACAGCAACGUAGAAAAUAUCCCUCGCCCCCUCAGCCCCACCAAGCUCACGCCCAUCGUGCAUUCGCCCCUUCGCUACCAAAGUGAUGCCGAUUUGGAAGCCCUUCGCAGGAAACUCUCCAAUGCUCCCAGGCCCUUGAAGAAGCGGAGUUCCAUCACUGAACCAGAAGGCCCCAGUGGGCCAAACAUUCAGAAGCUAUUGUACCAGCGCUUUAAUACCCUGGCCGGAGGAAUAGAAGGUGCCCCUUUUUAUCAGCCAAGCAACUCACAGGACUUCAUAGGCACCUUGGCAGAUGUUGACAAUGGGAACACAAACACCAAUGGUAAUAUUGAGGAGCCCGUAGCUGUGCCCCCGACAGCUCCUCUUCCUGAUGAGCCUUCAUCAGAUGCCAAUGAUAACGAACUACCUUCUCCUGCAACUGAGGAGUUGAUCAGUGAAGAAAACACAAAUCAAAUGCCCGAGGCAACGGAGGACGAUAACAACAACAACAACCCUGCUGUCGCCCCUUCUAUUGAGCGACCACCUUGCCCAACCCCAGAGGCAGAUUCCCCAGAAGAGGAAAUGCAGCCACCCCCUGCUCUUCCUCCUCCUCCACUUCCUGCGAAUGCAGUUCCGAAUGUUCCGAUACUGAUGCAGUUUGAAACUCAGGGUUGCCAUUUUGCUCAGACCAAAAGGACCAACCUGAAGAAACCCAAUUCGGAGAGAACUGGUCACAGCUUGAGGGUCAAGUUCAAUCCCUUGGCUUUGCUGCUGGAUGCCUCUUUGGAGGGAGAGUUUGACCUGGUGCAAAGGAUCAUAUAUGAGGUGGAUGACCCCAGCAAACCUAAUGAUGAAGGAAUCACUCCUCUGCACAAUGCAGUGUGUGCUGGCCAUCAUCACAUAGUUAAGUUCCUGUUGGAUUUUGGUGUCAAUGUGAAUGCAGCAGACAGUGAUGGAUGGACUCCUUUGCACUGUGCUGCCUCUUGCAACAGCGUUCAUCUCUGCAAGCUACUUGUUGAAUCUGGAGCAGCAAUUUUUGCUUCAACCAUAAGUGACAUAGAAACUGCAGCAGACAAGUGUGAGGAAAUGGAAGAAGGUUAUAUUCAGUGUUCCCAGUUUCUGUAUGGUGUGCAGGAGAAACUGGGAGUAAUGAACAAAGGCGUCGUGUAUGCGUUGUGGGAUUAUGAAGCUCAGAACAACGAUGAGUUGUCAUUCCAUGAAGGAGAUGCAAUUACCAUUUUGAGGCGCAAAGAUGACAAUGAGACAGACUGGUGGUGGGCUCGUCUCAAUGACAAGGAAGGCUAUGUGCCUAAAAAUCUCUUGGGGUUAUAUCCAAGAAUAAAACCUAGGCAACGAACUCUUGCCUGAAAACCAUCAUUUGGCAAUACAGUAUCUUGCUGGCAACUGGAAGUAUACACUGGAAACAUUUUCAGUCACAUUUCACCAGAAGUAAAGCUAUACUUGUUUUAAUUGGUGCUCUUGUUAAAUUGAUGAACAGCAUUUGAGAUUUCCAAUCUGCAGUUUGUAUGUGAGAUCUGUUCCAUGUUCACCCACCCAGUCAUUGGGAGAGGUACUCAACACAGCCUACAGUAUUUUGCCAAUUGAAUUAAAAGAACAAAACUUGUGCUAGAUGUUAAAAACCUUUGCAAAACACAGAUAUGCUGUCUGAUCCAUUCUAGUCCACAGUAACUGUCAAGGUCUUUAUUAAAAUUGUCAACUGAUUGUUGAGUUUACUGUGUAAAUCUUUGAAGAGCUUGAUAAAUUGGCAUCUGGGAAUUACCAACAGUCUGGUAAUUCUGGUAUAAAAGGUGUUACUAACAGAGAAGCAUCAAUGCUGAAUGGAUUUUUGCACAUUUCUCAAAACCACGUUCCUUCACUUGAUGUUUUUUCAUGGUAUUCUGCUUACAGCACCACUUUAAACUUAAACACACCCACACUGAAUUCCAUCUUCUGGACAAACCUGCAUUCAUAUUUAAGGGAUCUGUAUGUCUAUAUGAAAGAAAAGUGCAAUAGUUGAGAAGGUAAGAGUCAGGUUAUAAAAAAGCUAAUAGGUUCCCUUUAAGGACCUUUAAAUCUUAUCUGUGAAGGUAGGGAGGGGGUCUGAAGGACUGAAUAAAGGCUGAGCUGGCUAUGUAGAAAGAGAAGGGAGAAUGAUGAGGCAUCUUGCUGUUUUGGCUGGGGCAGCAUCUGUGGUUCUUGGCAGCCUGGCAUCUUGUGCCAGGGUGAGUUAUGCAAUAACUUUAUCCACUAUCUAGUUUCGAGCAAAAAAAAGCACUUCACUGGAAUAUUAGUUGUACAUUAUUUUAUAUACAGAAGUCUAUUUUGAACUUCCCAUUAUGUUGUAGCCAUACGUGUUUUAUAAUUUCCUCCCUGUAAACUGUAGGCCAUUGGGCUUUAUUCAUGUACACGGUGUGCAUAAUUUAUAUAUCCAUUGAUGCAGUGCUGUAACUUGCUUUUACCACUGUUUAGCAUUAAUUGUAUAUAUUGUGGUGAUGAGAAGUGGAAGGGUAUUGUAAAAGAAUAUUUGCUAAAUGAAUGUGAGUUAAAAGCCUAUGAUACACUGCUAAUCCAGUGUGCACAAUAAAACUACUGCUAAGGUAUA